AAACUUGCAACGAAGAAGAAUUGUGUGUGGAGUAGUUAUUUUAUUUGAACGAGAAACAAAGACCACACAAACCACUCUUUUCUACACCAAACAAGCACGACCGAAUACUCUAUUCCUGAUAUGUUUGAGAUUUUGUUCGGUUGGUCCAAAGCUUCAAAAUGUAAAAAGGCUAUUAAGAAAGCAUGUUACAGAAUCAAAUUUCUCAAGAACAAGAGACAAACAAUAGUUAAGCAACUACGAAAUGAUUUGGCUGAGUUAAUACAAAGUGGUCAUGAAGAAAUUGCUCUUAAUCGGGUCGAGCAGUUAAUAAAAGAUGAAAGCUUGGCAGAUGCAUAUGAAUUGUUAGAAAAAUUCUGUAAAUUUAUUCUAUCACAGUUCUCCUAUAUUCGAAGGCACAAGGACUGUCCAAAUGAUAUAAAAAUAGCAAUUUCUAGUCUUAUAUAUGCAUCUGCAAGAUGUGGGGAAAUUCCGGAGCUUUCUGAUAUCAGGAAAUUGUUUGGAAAACGAUAUGGAGAGAAAUUUGCAAAGGCCGCGGUUGAGUUAUUUCCUGGAAAUCUUGUUAACAUGCAGUUAGCAGAGAACUUAUCAGAAACAUAUGUGGCCGAGGAUUUGAAGUACGCAAUGGUGAACAAAAUUGCUAGAGAUAAUAACUGUCUUCAACAAAAUGUUUUAGCCAUAGAAUAUUACCCUGAUUGGCAACAAGUGCAGCAUAUAGAAAACAAAGGGUAUGAACUAGUGGAAAAUGAUCACAAAAUAAAUGCCUCAAUUUCAGAAUCUAAAGUCCAUCCUUCUGAGAUUGAUGAGAUAGAAAGAGAUGUCAAAUGUGACUCUUGCAAUAGUACUCUUCCCAAAUCAACAUUUGCGGUUGAUUCUUCUGCUAUAAUGUCGAUUGUUCCGCAAUAUCCUCAAUAUAUUCUGAGCUAUCCUAUGCAAGAUAAAUUCGAGAAAAUAGUUGAGGUAGGUUUUCCUAAGCUACUUUCUUCGGAAAUGGUAGAUUAUGUUGAAGAGGUUGAGGAGUAUCAAUUUUCAUUACCAAAAUACGCUGCCUGCCACAACGAAAUGCUAUUCGAGUACAAUUCUUCAUGUCUUUCUGGUAGAGAAAAAACUCAAUAUGGAUUUGAUGAAAGCGAUAUAGAUCAAGACGAAUCGAUGUGUGAGUCGUUAAGCACGAUGACCUCAAGAAGGAGCAAAAGAGCACCUAGAAAAAGAUCAAAAAGAAGACCAUCCUCCAUAAAAAAUGUAGGCAUUAUUGAUAUUGGAUACAUGGUUUAUUAUCAAAAGCCAUGCAGAAAUCAGAAGAAUGUUAGUGUUGAUGACAACACAAAAGAUCAGAAGAAACUGAUGCUACCUAGGCGGAAAAAUUUACAAUCAGGUCAGUCUAGGCUUGAAGAGUCACCGUGCCUCGAACAGGAUAAUCUGAGUGAAGAUAGCACAAGGAGAAUAAAUUUCAACAGAAAAAUAAAAGGAUGCAGCUUGGACAAACCUUGUUAUUAUUACCUUUAUGACAACAAAGACUCUCUGGAAACUCAACCUUUGAUAGAAGCUAUGCCACAUGUUGAACAAGAUUGUAUGCAUGAUGAAUGUUGUCAUUGUAGACCAUUUUGUGAGGUUGGUAAUAACGCAAACAGUGAAACAAAACAAGAGAUUAUUGCCAGCUUCAGUGUUUCAGAUCCAAAGAUUAAUGGUUCUUUAACCAGAACUGAAAACGAAGUUCUAUAUUCAAGGGCCAUGACAAUGCCGCAGGAGAGACACAGAAAGGGAAAAGAUAUGUUAAGGACAUAUUCAUGUCAACAAUAUCCAAAUCAUGUUCAUCCUAAAUUGCCAGAUUAUGAGGACAUAGCUGUCAAGUUCACUGCUCUUAAGAGAAACCACCUACAAAAUAAAGACUACCUUAGAAAGUAGAGAGGCAUAUACACAAGAUUAAUUAGCAUAGCAUAGGCCUAUUAACAUUUUAAUUAUGUUGAUUUUUUUUAAUUACACUGGAUAUGAAUAUGCUGACAUAACUAUAUAAUUUUUUUCAAAUGGAUUCCCUUGAGUGUGAGAUCCGAUGGAAAAAGACAAGCAGGGAAAGAUAGAAGAAUCCUUCAUUUCGCUAACAAUAUAUCCUGAAGAUGUUUUUUUUUUCAAAUUGAUCGAAGCAUCUUUGAUCAAUUUUAAUUUGUUGUACCAGCUUAUUUCUAUGGAAGAAGAAGUUGAU